UCGAAAAGUACCUUUUCAGACUUUUUUUAAAACAUUAUUUUUUCCAAACGAAAAAAAGUACAACCAAAAAAUGUAUAUUCCUCCCCCCUGCAUGUUCUUAUGCCAAUACAUUUCUAUAUUAUUUGAUUUUAUUUCAGAAUGUCGCUGUGCACCAAAUAGAGCGCAGACGUGCUGAUGCCUACCUCCAUCUGCGUCGAACGUGAGAACAUCAUGUUUUUUGUUUAUAGCUCUGGGGGCUGUUGCACAGCGACGCUAAGUACAAUACAAAAAAUUAAAUCUGUAAAAUUUGUACUUAUUUGAUGGCAGUAAACCGAGGAUGCGCUGCGAUGACAAAGAAACAAUCGUUCGUACACUUGGUCAAAUCAUCGCGUCGAAGUGGGAAAAGACCAAGGUUAAUCCUCUAUUGUUUGUUGGAGUAAAUAUGGGCCUCAUUGACAAAAAGGAGGAGCGCGCUUUUAUUAUCGAUUGCCUUAAAGUAUACAAGUCUCUGCCGGCACUGUGGGACUCGAAGUCGCCAGAAUACCGCAAAAAAGAAAAAAAGAAUGAGGCUUAUGAAAUUUUAGUUGGUAAAUUUCGUGAGAAAUAUGCAAAUGUUGAUCGCAAAGAUGUAACAAAGAAAAUAAAUACGUUGAGAACAAAUUUCCGCAAAGAGCUAAAGCGUCUGUCACAAGAAGGGCGGAAGGACUCCAAUUUGUGGUAUUUUGAUCAAAUGAAAUUUUUACAAGAUCAUAUGACUACAAAGAAGGAGAAUUUUCAAAUCCUGGAUGAUGAUAAUGAACGAAUAAACAUAGAAAUUAUUGAUGAGAGCUCAUCCACCACAACUGAGGAUAACAUUAACAUAAAGCGGGAUGAGUUCGUCUCUUUACCGGACGCUGCAAACAUGUCCAGUGCGAAGCCAUUCGGGGAAUAUGAACUUAAAUUGGCUGAAACAUGGGCUAUGGAAUUACAAAAAAUGACACCCGAGCAACAAAUUUACGCAAAGAAAGCCAUAAACGAUAUAAUUUAUGAAGGUCAAUUAGGGAACUUACAUCGAGAUAGUGUGCACAUUUAUGCACAAUAAGAAAUAAGAGACACAAAUGUAUAUACUUAGUGAUUAAAUUAAUUUUA